GCAUAAUACCUCGAGCUCUCACCUCACCUGCUUUUCCCAGCCUGUCCACCCUGUAACGCCCGCCUCCCUCUCUCCCGACACCUAAAACCCCUUCGAGCGCCGCUCACGAGAACAACGGCCUCUUCCACCUAGGAAUUCCCAUCUGCAGCCAGCUACUGUCUUGUGGCUCAAUUGGGACCCCGCCACCCAACCGUUGUUUGUUUUGGCCGUUUCGCGCCUUAUAUUAGCUGCCCAACCCGUUGCACUUGCGGCGGCGAACUCAUUGGCUGUCUUGUCUUGCAAUUACCCAAGUGGCACCGUAACUCCUUGCGAAUCGCCCAACCCAAUUCCCACCUUUCACCAUGUCCGAAGAACGCGCCCCUCGGGAUGUGAAGAACCACAUCCUCUUCGAGAUAGCCACUGAGGUCGCCCACCGAGUUGGCGGUAUCUACUCGGUCAUCAAGUCUAAGGCGCCAGUCACGACGGCAGAAUAUGGCGACCGCUACACUCUCAUCGGUCCGCUCAACCACCAAUCGGCCGCUGUCGAAGUCGAGGAGCUCGAGCCCACGAACCCAGAACUGGCGGCCACCAUCCAGUCUAUGCGAGAUCGCGGUAUCGGUAUACUCUACGGGCGCUGGCUGAUUGAAGGAGCUCCACGCGUCAUCCUCAUCGACACCAAGACUGCUUAUGGCUACAUGGAUGAGUGGAAAUCCGACCUGUGGAAUCUCGCAUCCAUUCCUUCGCCCCCUGGUGACGACGAGACAAACGAAGCAAUCGUCUUCGGAUACCUCGUCGCCUGGUUCCUUGGAGAGUACGUAUGCCACGAGAAAAAGAGAGCCGUCAUCGCACACUUCCACGAGUGGCUGGCCGGCGUCGCCCUCCCGCUGACAAAGAAGCGACACAUCGAUGUCACGACCAUCUUCACUACGCACGCAACCUUGUUGGGCAGGUACCUGUGUGCCGGAUCUGUGGACUUCUACAACAACCUGCAAUGGUUUGACGUAGAUGCGGAGGCAGGAAAGCGUGGCAUCUACCACAGAUACUGCAUAGAGCGCGCUGCGGCUCAUGCCUGCGACGUCUUCACAACCGUUUCCCACAUUACGGCCUAUGAGAGUGAGCACCUGUUGAAGCGCAAGCCAGACGGUGUCUUGCCCAACGGACUCAAUGUCACCAAGUUCUCCGCCAUGCACGAGUUCCAGAACUUGCAUCAGCAGUCAAAGGAGAAGAUUCAUGACUUUGUGCGCGGACACUUCUACGGCCACUAUGACUUCGACCCGGAGAACACACUCUACUUCUUCACGGCAGGACGUUAUGAGUUCAGGAAUAAGGGCGUGGACAUGUUCAUCGAGUCCCUCGCACGUCUGAACCACCGGCUCAAGACGGCCGGAAGCAAGAUCACGGUUGUUGCGUUCAUCAUCAUGCCAGCCCAGACGACCUCGUUGACGGUCGAAGCCUUGAAAGGACAGGCAGUGAUAAAGUCACUGCGGGACACCGUCGACAUCAUCGAAAAGAGCAUCGGGAGGCGCGUUUUCGAGCGAUCAAUCAAGUGGCACGACGGAGACCCGCUGCCCGAUGAGAAGGAGCUCAUCACCUCCCAGGACCGAGUCCUCCUGCGGAGGCGUCUGUUCGCCAUGAAGCGCCACGGGCUACCGCCAAUUGUGACGCACAACAUGCUCAACGACAGCGAGGACCCCGUGCUCAACCAGAUCCGCCGCGUACAGCUCUUCAACCACCCGUCGGACCGCGUCAAGGUGGUCUUCCACCCAGAGUUCUUGAACUCGGCAAACCCUGUAUUGCCCCUGGACUAUGACGACUUUGUUAGGGGCACACAUCUCGGUGUCUUUGCGUCGUACUAUGAGCCAUGGGGCUACACUCCUGCCGAGUGCACGGUCAUGGGAGUCCCCAGCAUCACGACCAACCUGUCUGGCUUCGGCUGCUACAUGGAAGAGCUCAUCGAGAACUCGAGCGAUUAUGGUAUCUACAUUGUUGACCGCAGAAACAAGGGUGUGGAUGACUCGGUCAACCAGCUUACCUCGUCCAUGUUCGACUUCUGCCUGAAGAGCCGGAGGCAGCGCAUCAACCAGCGGAACCGCACUGAGCGCCUGAGCGACCUGCUCGACUGGAAACGAAUGGGCAUGGAGUACGUCAAGGCUCGGCAGCUUGCUCUUCGGAGGGCGUACCCCAACUCGUUCGAGGGCGAUGCGGAGGACGAUGACUACAUCCCUGGCGUGGAACAGAAGAUUUCGAGGCCGUUCUCGGUGCCCGGAUCUCCUCGUGACCGCACGGGCAUGAUGACACCUGGUGACUUUGCCAGCAUACAGGAGGGCCACGAAGGCCUUAGCACCGAGGAUUAUGUAGCGUGGAAGCUGCCUGAGGAGGAAGACCCCGAUGAGUACUCGUUCCCUCUGACACUGAGGUCGAAGCGGACAGGGCCCGGCAGCCCCCUGGACGGCGUGCAGCUCAACGGAAACUAGAAGUAGUCGAGUGCAGUAUCGAUCUAUGAUUUGGGCCCAUCUCCUAUACCGCAGGCACCGAGCGAGCAAGGUGGACAUACCAGGGGAGAUUGUACUGAUACCGGGGUCGAAAGCCAAAAGCGGCGGAUACCAGCACAAGCACGACAUAUUGCAUUGCACAACGGGGAUGACUUAGUCUGUCAUGUAUAAUUAUUUACUUCAUUUGGUCCGAGACCAAGCAUAUCAGGGUGUUCUCGCGUAUUUCGCGCUAUAUCAGCCUCCCAGAUUGGGUUCUUGGCCGCUUGCGUAGACAAUCCCGACGACGUUCUCAGCGCUGCUCCUCAGAGGCUAGAGGUGGGAAUUGCUGAAGCUUGAUGCAGGCAGAUUGACCUCAUUGGGACUAGUGUCUGGAUGUCUGUCUACAUGUCCUGCUGCGCCGCAGGAUGCCGGUAUCCCGCACCUCACCAACAGAUUCAGGCACAGGGUGAUCUCAGCUCGAAGGAUGCGGUAAGAUUACUGAAACGAUCCGUCGCUUUAUUGAAGGAUUGCUUGCCGCUGGACGCAUCCAACUCGGAACGAACCUUCCUCCCAGCUUGACACUUAAAAAAAAAGUCUCUCCCUUUGAGUGGGGGCACAGCCAGCCAGCCACUGUAUGUUUGUAUGCUGGUGCCCGGUGUUGUCUCGGAACUUGGGGGCUCAACCUGCUUUGUUGUACAUUUAUUUCUACCCGUCUCUUUCUUCCUACCCUUGCGCCCAGCCCAUACCGACCAAGAAAGUCUAGAUUCAACGAUGAGUGCCGAGAGAGAUUCCUAAUCCUGAACCGUUACGGCCCCUGCGUACUCCUGAGGACCUAGGCACCUGGAUAGGGGAAAGGCAGGAUUGCAGAGGCUGAGAGGCUGAUCUAGCGCCGUCCGUUGGUGAUAGUAUGUGCGCCCAACAGCAGAAUGCAGACUGUCACGCAUUUGAUGCGAUGUGGGAGUUGCCAAAUUUGGGACGUGCAGACCCAGGGUGCCAACGGGCCAUUGUUUCGAAAUAAGCGGCGCUGCUAUGCACAGAAGCAGAGGGGCGAGCAGACUGGCAGAGGGGCAGAUCGGUUUGUGCUCAGUCCUCGGCACAGGCUGCGCAGGCGCCCGCGAUCUCCGAGCUGGAGGGGCAAGACGAGCGACGGGCGUGACAGGCUGGCAAAGUGGAAAUAUCACCGGGUAGUCGACCGAUCUGCGCGAAAUGAGCGGGCAGGGACCCCGCCGUGGGCUCCGCUCUGGCAGAGGGUCGGAGGGUCCAGGGUCUCUCGAGAAGGCCGAUUGCUGUCUGGUAAUUACGGUUCGGGGUGAUGUAAUGCGAGUGAGAGGAUGAACGACGAGGCACAGCCCGACUAUCUGCCCUCAGCGUUCUAAAGUUCGGCUCACAAGAUACCGUGUUAUCCCAAGUCCCAAUAUCGCCCUCGUGUCCUCCAACCCCACCCCAUUCCCGUAGUGUUGAUCGUUGUGCUCAUGUAGCAAGUAAUAAGGUUGGCGAGAUACCGAACAACACCAAGCCUGCAAUCAAAUAUCAUCAGUGAUCCAAGCCUACCUGGAUUCCUUGGGCAGUCAGUCCCUUAGGCAGGUGCCCAG